AUGGCCAAUGCUUUGCAAAUCCAGAUUUGUGACCUCGAUGCGUACCAGCACGUAGCCACGCCGUUGGAUCAGCUCUAUGGGCUUGUUUCCAAGGUUCCGUUUGUCCGCAUCUACGGAGCCCUCAAGGUCGAGGCGGCCUCCAACCUCGCCUACAAUGUUCUAGUCCAUGUCCACAAUUACUAUCCUUACUUUUACAUUGACUGUCCAACACGGCAGCUAGACGAGGCUUACUUGAGUGGGCUCAAGAACCAUUUUGAUAUCAAGAUUCACGAGUCUUUCCAGAGGAAACCCGUGGAGGACGAUGACUCAGAUAGCGAGAUGGAGGACAAACCUCCCCUGAACUUUGUGGCUGCAGUGGAGUACUGUCGGGGUUCACCUGUGUACGGCUAUCACCUUGGUUACAAGCAGGUGCUCAAGGUGCUGCUUCUUCUGCCUCUUUACAAGACGAGACUUGUGAAGCUUAUCACGUCGCACAAGGUCGAUGUGUGGAACUACGACGGUAAGCUCAAAAAAUCCCACGGCGCACCAAAUCUCUAUGAAGCUCACAUCCCUUAUACAUCGCAAUUUCUUGCUGACUUCAACUUGUAUGGUUGCGGGUUUCUCAACGUAGAGAAGUGUCACUUCCGUCUGCCUUUAGUCAUACCCUCCCAGUUCGACCUCCUGCCUUUGAAAGACCAUCUUCGGCAUUCAAUCACAAAGGGCAAUGUCUUGAAUGGCACCCGCUACCCUCGUAUUGGUCGGUCUCUUCUCGAGCUUGACAUCUCGGCGGGUGACGUCCUCAAUAGGGCCAAUCUUGUGGAGAGGACGAACCACAACGAUCUUUCCGAGUUCAACAAGACAAUGCCCAGUGAACACAUCUAUUUAUCCUCUUUGAAAUUCACAUUCGAAGAUCUCAAGUAUCAAUGCACCCUUCGGAACAUGAACGAUACUUCCCAAUUGCUCCACAAGCUGUACUCGCAAGUCUUCACUAAAAUUGGCCAGGACGGCUACCAGGAAUGGGAGACUUCUGCUCGAUAUCGAGAACUUGUGGCGUAUGUCGCAAAACUCAACGCUGCUACGAACUUUAAUGACGCUAACGACUAUUAUGACAAUCUAAUCAAACCCGCAUUACCAAACAACGUACCUACGUGCUUUGAAAGCGUGGAUCGUGAUACCCUAAGGGACCGGUUUCAACAUCUUCCUUUACUCAAUUAUCGUGAUGACUUGGUUCAGUGGUCUUCGUACGACGAUUUGUUCACCAUAGAUGAAUCAGCAUCCACUGCAAACUUUUCCGACUCAGUUCCCUCAGGCCCUCCAGCGAAUAAGCAGGAUAGCUCUGAAGUCGAUGGAUCCCCUUCUCCAUCUCAGAAUCCUCGUCCGUUGGACAUCGAGCUUUCUUCUCCUGACUUGCUGCUGCCAAAUUCUAGUCAACUUGAAACACACCAUACUUUUGAUCCACAAUCCAUUAAUGUUCAUUUUAGCCAGCGAAAACGGCCGUUUUCUCAGGUUGAAGGAAGUGAUACCAACUCACUGCUUUCUACUAUCACGCAAACGCUGCAUUUGAUUGUCCGCAAUCCUCAGCAUAUUUACGAGCUCCCAAUUCCUUCAUCACUACGGAAGUCGGCUUUCAUGAAGACCAUGCAUCAAUCAGGAUUACUCGACAUAGAAUAUCGGGAUCCCGCAUAUUUCAAGAAGGAAGAUGUUCAUCAGAAACCCCUUGUCUUCGCCAACAAAAAAAUUAUAGUACCUUAUGCUGGAGAUGACUCACUAUCUCCCUACGAGUUUAGAGGGACAAGCUGUGGAUUACUAGAAACAGAGGAGCCGCCAAAACAGACUGUGAGUGUUAGCAAGCCUCAAUUGUGGCAGUACAGCACAGAGGCGCCAUCCAAAAAGUCUAUAAGAACAUGGGUUCAAAGCAUUGAACGUAACCUUCAGUACAAAAAAGAGAGAUUUCGAUCUCAAAUUGAACCUGCUGUGACACAAACAUAUGACUUUAAGUACUCGUACCGAAGCGAUAAAGUUGCGAGGAACCCCAGUGGCUUCCUCAAUAUGACAAACUUCCAUAUGGAGGUUCACGUCAAUACCAACUCACAGAGGCAAGCUGACCCAAAGAUUGACUCUGUAAGAGCCAUAAUUUACCAUUUUGAUGACGCCAAUGCCAUGUAUCGUGAAGACCCACGGACCACGGCUAUCUUCGUAUGUCUCGAAGGUCUUGACUACUACAUCUUCCUGAAACUAUUUGCGGCGGUGGCAGAAACUUUAAAAAUUGCAAUUGAAAUCUUCACAUCUGAAAAAGAGAUGAUCAAAACAUUUUUAGACGUCUUUGAUGUUUUUGAUCCUGACAUUCUUUCGGGAUAUGAGAUCAAUGCCUCAAGCUGGGGCUAUCUAGCAGAGCGAGUUUUUGUGAACUAUGAAACUAAUCUUCUAGCUCGUCUCAGCAGAUCAACUUUCAAAAGUAACGGAAAGUUCGGGGACCGCUGGGGUUACACGCAUACCUCUGCCCUCAAAAUCAAUGGUCGUCAUUUACUCAAUAUUUGGAGAGUCCUACGUUCGGAGUUGAGUUUGACUGGUUACACUCUUGAAAAUGUGUGUUUCCAUUUACUUCAUCAGACCCUCCCGCGAGUAACGAAUCUGGAUCUCAGUCAAUGGUUCACUAGCGGCAACUUCAAUAAUACAUUUAUGUUUUGCAAAUACUAUGUGCAUCGUCUUGGAUUAACAUUGAAGAUCAUGAACGUCCAGGAAAUGAUUUUGCGAAAUGUGGAGCAGUCGAGAUUGAUAGGAAUUGAUUUCAACUCCAAUUUUUAUCGUGGCUCUCAAUUUAAGGUUGAAUCGAUUUUGUUGCGAUUUGCUAAAGAAGAAAAUAUGCUUCUUAAUUCCCCUUCCAAAGAACAAGUACAUGAUAUGCGUGCCUUAGAUUCUAUCCCCUUGAUCAUGGAGCCUGAUUCCAACUUCUACAAAUCUCCGUUGGUUGUCCUAGAUUUCCAAUCGUUAUACCCAUCGAUAAUGAUCGCGUAUAAUUAUUGCUAUUCAACAUUGUUGGGCCCGAUAGAAGGAUUCCAACAGAAUAAAAAUGUGGUGGGAUACCUUCCUCACCUCAACAUUCCGCACGGCAUCGUUGACAUCUUACUCAAAAAUGGAGGUAUUAACAUAUCUCCCAAUGGAAUGAUGUUUGUCUCUGCCAAAUUCAGGAAAUCAAUUCUUUCUCGAAUGCUACAAGAAAUCCUCAACAUGAGAAUUAAUGUACGGGCAGUGGCGGGAGCCUUUCGUGAAGAUGUAGAGCUCGCAAAGCUUUACAACCUGAAACAACUUGCAUUGAAAUUAAUUGCCAAUGUUACAUAUGGGUACACAUCGGCCAGCUUCAGUGGUCGAAUGCCGAAUUCUGAUAUUGCGGAUGCCAUCGUGUCAACUGGCCGAGAGAUUCUCACCAAGUCCAUUGCAAUGAUAGAGGAUAGCGGAUGUGAUGCAAAAGUUGUAUACGGAGAUACUGAUUCAUUGUUCGUCUACUUCCCUGGCAGGUCCAAGGAAAAAGCUUUUGAAUUGGGAAAGCAGUUAGCAAGAGAUGUGACUGACUUUUUUCCAGAUCCAAUCAAACUUAAAUUUGAGAAGGUAUAUCAUCCAUGUGUUUUACUCGCUAAAAAACGUUAUGUGGGUCUGUGCUUUGAGUUCGAAGAUCAAACUCUGCCUAAGUUUGAAGCAAAGGGAAUCGAGACAAUUCGAAGAGAUGGUAUACCAGCGCAACUGAAAAUGGUUGGCAAGACCUUGAGAAUCCUUUUUGAGACAAAAGAUCUAUCGAAGGUGAAACAAUAUACUGUUGAACAAUUUCAAAAGAUUUUUUUCAACAAAGUGAACGUCAAAGACUUCUGUUUUGCCAAAGAGGUGCGAUACGGUUCUUACAAGAACGAGAAGUAUCUACCGCCUGGAGCUAUCAUUGCAAAGAAGAAUGCUUCGAAAGACCCCAGAAACGAGCCACAAUAUCGUGAGCGUAUACCGUACCUUGUUAUACGUGACUCCAGAAAGGAAAGAAUCAAGGAUCGAUGCGUUACUCCCGACGAAUAUGUUUCAUCCUAUAGUACAGAUAAUCCGCUAGAGCUUGAUUUCGAAUAUUACAUUACGAGAGUGUUGAUCCCACCGUUGGAAAGGAUCUUCAACUUGAUUGGUGUUAACAUCCAAGAAUGGUAUAGAGAGAUGCCAAAGUCGACAAGACAACUUGCUAUUAAGAAGAGAGACAUCACUAAGAUAAGCGAAUUUGUACAAUCUGAGCAAUGCUACUUAUGCGAAGGCAAUUUGAGAGAUUCUCCCUCGAGGUACCUCUGCCAAAACUGCCUUGGUCUUGAGCUUGGUCUUAUAACUGAUGUUAUUUCGAUGGUCAAACAGAAAGAGUCUCAGGUCAUAGACUAUGAGAGCAUUUGCGUCGCAUGUAACAAACGCAACUUUUCCAACAGAUCGAACUCGUCCAUUUUACUACCGAUUGUCAAUGAGGAUCCAUGUACAACAGAAUCGACUGGUGCUGCGGACCAAUUGGUUAUGCGUGAGAAUGAGGGCGCAUGCAAGCACGCCCAGGCUGUUACUUCUAUGCUAUAA